AUGCAUAUCUCACCGCUGCACACUGCCUUCGAGGCUUCAGAGCUGGAGGAGAUGAAGAGGAGACGGGCUAAAGAGUACAGCAGCUUUCAGACGAGGUCAAAGACCCCUGCAGAUCUACUCAUUAUUGCUGAGGCUAACAGCCCCUUGCAGUAUCCAACACAGGGGGUGGAAGUACGACCCCUGAAAACAAGCAUCAUCCCAGGCUUGGCCUUACAUGACCUUCCCAGAGAUAAUUACUCAAUAAACAUCACUGCCACGCUGGGAACUCUAAAUGUGGCCGCGGAGGUAGACGAGGUGAAAAUCAAAGGUGAUGGCGAGAUGCACAUGACUCUUUCCAGCCGCCUGCUGCCGAACAUGAACCGACAGCUGCAGUUCGUCACCUACACGAACACGCUGUUUCAUCCCAGCACGGCAGACACAGUGCAGCUUGAGACAGAGGGACAUCAAGCUGUCUUCAGCAUCAAGAUCCGACACGGAACAACACCUAAACUGUACAACACUGGAUCCAAAGGAGAGUACAACAUCAGCGCCCUCGUGACAAUAGCCACAAAAACGUUCCUGCGUUACGAUAAGCUUAGAGAUCUUAUCGACAGCAUCAGAAGAUACUACCCUACUGUUACCAUAGUUAUAGCUGAUGACAGUGAAAAUCCCCAAACCAUCUCUGGGCCUUACAUCGAACAUUACAUCAUGCCCUUUGGAAAGGGUUGGUUUGCCGGCCGAAACCUGGCCGUGUCCCAGGUGACCACGAAGUACGUACUGUGGGUGGAUGAUGACUUCAUCUUCACAGCCAACACCAAGCUGGAGAAGCUUGUAGAUGUUUUAGAAAGGACCACUCUGGAUCUAGUGGGUGGUGCAGUGCGGGAGGCCACGGGGUACACCGCCACCUACCGUCAAACCAUCUCCAUUGAGCCAGGAGAGGAAGAUGGUGACUGUUUACACAUGAGGAGAGGAUUUCAUCACGUCAUUGAAGGCUUCCCCAACUGCGUUGUGACUGAUGGGGUCAUCAACUUCUUUUUAGCUCGCACAGACAAAGUCCAGCAGGUCGGCUUUGACCCACGCCUCACCAGGGUCGCUCAUCUGGAGUUUUUCAUCGAUGGCCUCGGCUCUCUCCAUGUGGGCUCUUGCGAUGAUGUCAUUGUCAAUCACGCGACCAAAAUCAAACUACCCUGGGUAAGCCAGUCAGAGAGCGACAAGACCUACGCCAAGUUCCGUUACCCAUCAGCCUCCUCUGAUGCCACGCACACCAAAAACGGCCUCCUGUACUUCAAGAAUCGGUUUCAGUGCUUGACUCAUAAUUAGCUUCCCCUCUCCUCUUUUUCUCGAAGGUUCCUCCGCUCUCCCCGAGUUGCCAAAGAAGUUCUCCUCCCCCACGCCCUGUCAGAUAAAAUUUUGGUUUGCCUUCUCUUGAGAACCUUGAAAUUAUUUUUCCAGCUUCAGCCUUUAGAGCAGUUUUAGCAUGUUUUAUCUGUCAGUGCACAGCUCUGCAGUGAGCUAAAAAGUCCUCUAGCAUCUAGAAGCCCAACAGAAAAAUUUAGGCUUCCUUUUUGGUGUGAAGACAGGAGAAAAUGAGCUGCAGUGCCCAGUAACAUCUCGAGCCAUAAAGGAAUCUUGCUCAUACCCUGCACAAAGACCAGGCUUUGGGAGAACCGAACAGGUAGCAGCUAGUGUAACUUCAUUGUCAUGCUGUUUUGGGUAGAUGUGCAUGCAUUCUCCUUCGAUUUGCACUAGCCGAAUAUAGAAUUGAGCUUGGAACAAGGUCUUUCUGUCAGUGACAAUAAACCCUAUCAGUUAAGUGACAGAGCUGCAGACUCGGAGCUCCAGUGUGACCUCCUUGCCAAUGCCACAUGAAGAACGUGUUCCAAGUCUUUUCAUUUGUCGCGUGCUGGUACUGACUGGCCGUGCCAAAGGUCUGGAUGCUGCUAGCUCUUGGGUGCUUUAAUCUGUGUGUGCAUUAUGGUUUUACUGCCCAUUACCCAGAAUCCUUUUGUGUCACCCAUGGAGAGAUAAGUAAGAUCUGAGGAGGAGAACCUUUUGGUCUCAGUUCAUCAGGUGUUACCUGGUUGCGGGAGCAGCUGUAAUCGUCGUCUUCUGCUGUUUGUCUGUUUCCCCAACAAGCAUCUGAGGAAAACGAGGCGUUUGAGUGCUCACCACCGGAUCUUUACAUGUGGCCAAAAGAAACAUUGGUUGAACUAAAGUACUUGUAAAAUACUCACAUCAUUAUGAAAAGAGGAUGGAGAAGGGGGGGGGAUGAAGCAAGAAUACAGUUUUUAUACUGAAACUCCUCUUUGGAGCACUCCUGCAUGUCAGAGACUCAAGUGGUGAUGCUGUUCUUUUAUACCAUGGUCUUUAGAUGGCACCCUUGUAUCACUGUAUUUGUUUCCUAAGCAAGUUUUUUAACUUUGUUUUGUUAGCAAUAAGGUGCCAGAGAUUUAUCAACUGUUUUUUUUAAUCCCCAAGAGAAAUAUCGACUUAUUUGUAACUAUUUUAUUUAUUAAU